CGCUAUGUGUCGAGGGUUUUUUGGUAGACGGUGCAAAAACGAGAGUCGCAGAGAGAACGGAGUGUUGCUCAGAGCCAAAACAAUGGCAAGCGCCGUCGCGGAGAAGACGGAGGAGGAGCUGCGAAAGGAAAUUGAUGAACUCAAUCGUCAACGACGCGAGAUAACUGAACGGCUUCGCGAUCCAAGAGGCAUUCGCCGCGGUGGAUUUACUGGCUCCGGUCCUCGGAAUUUCGUCGCCAACGGCGGCCGCCAGCGUGGCCUUGUCAGACCGGCCGAGAGGAAUGAUGCUGAGGAUCAGCCGAUGCCAAAAAAGAGAUUAUUGUCUACAGUAGUUAAGAUUGAAGAUGGGGAGAUUGUGGAGGACACUCCUGAAACUCCCAAAGAGAUGAAGGACUCUGUUUAUGAAGAAAGCUCAGGAAAAACAAUUGCAACACAGGGUGAGAGCAAGCCAGGAACCUGGUCUAGGAGGGAUGGGAAUCAAAGGACCUUCAAGAUGGGCUCUGAUAUUCCUCCGCCAGAGCAUGUUCCAAGAGUGUUGCCAAAAGAUGAAGAUCCUAAAUUGGUUAGUAGAAAUAAGAGAAUGCUGGGCCAACUUCUGGGGACAUUAGAGAAAUUCAGGAAAGAAGACAUGCAACUUUCUGGCUCUGAAGCAUAUAUGCGGAGGUCAGAUUCUUUGAAAAGGGCUGAGCAAAAGGCACGUGAAGAAAGUGAAAGAUUAAGACAGCAGGAGCGAGAACAGAUAGUGGAAAAACGAAAAAGAGAUCUGACUCUUAGAGCUCGCAUUGCUGCUAAGGCCGAGGAAAAGAGGAUGGAAUUAUUAUUUCUUAAGUGGAGUGAGCACAAGAAAAAACUAGGCAAUUUUAUAAGGACGGAAGCAGUGCCUCCAAUAUAUUACACGUUCGCCAAACCACUGGAUGAAGAUACUUCUGUAACUGAGCAGAAAAAAGAACAGAUAUUCCAAGAGUGGAAAGCUGCUACGAGGGAGGAAUUGUCCCAAUAUCAGAAGCAAAUUGGUGAAGAAUACGUCUUGAAUGUUGAGAAAGAGCUGGAGAGAUGGCAAAAUGGCCGAAGAGGCAGGAGACCAAACAACAAUACUGCCGCGAAUCUCCACGAGACAAUGGACAAGGAACUUGAAACCCAUAGGCUUGAACAUGGACCAAAGACCAGAAAGAUCCCUGGCAGUGAUAACAAUGAAGAUGAGGAAGAUGUUGAAGAUAUUAAUGUUGGGGAGGAUGACAUGAUGGAUGAUGUACUUGGUGUUGACGAGAACAAUCAGAGGGGUGAUGAAACUGCAAAACCAGAAGUAGCCAAUGGUAGUCCACAGCUGGAGAACCAGGGUCAGUAGAGUACCCUCAUAUUUAAAGGUUUAUAUUAUGCUUUGUUGUGUUUUACUGUUUUGAUUCGUAUGUACUUUAAUUUCACUUUAUUGGUAGUUGCUGUAUGUUUUACGUCAUUAGUUCAUUUUGUUUGGUAUUUAUGGACCCAUACAUUUGUUGAGUUAAUUUAAACAGGAUUUUCUUUUCUUA